AUGACAACAACAAUUAGAUGCCUUUCUUCAAACAAUGAUGAAGAAGGCGAACAGAUGUCAAAAAGAAAAUUGAAAAGGUUGUUCAAGGUAGCACAACUAUCAAAGAAGUCGAGAUCGUAUGAAAAUGAUAAAAUUGACAAAUUAAGCGCUAUGGCGGAGUUUGGAUUAAAAGAAAUUGAUCUUGCGGAUUUACCAAGUCACAGUCGGCCGAUAAUAAGCCAUUCACAUCAGGAAAUGAGCAAAAACAAAACUUUGCAACUGUAUGCGUUGACUGAUGUCUAUCACAAAGCCUUAAAAGUGCAUGGAAGUACUGAGGCACUGGAAGCUCAUCGACGUCCUCUUGUUGCGAUGCGAAAAGAACUGACCGAUGCUGAGAGAAUGCGAAUGCGGAUGCGAAUUGAAACGACAAAUCAGCACAAAGGAGCCGAUCGAGUUGUCGCGAUCGCUUUUACUUUGAAUUUCUGCGAUAUGGCAAUGAAAUUCACGGCCGCCUAUCUGACAGGCUCGAAAUCUUUGUUCGCUGAAGCGAUCCACAGUGCGAUGGAUACCUGCAAUCAGUUGAUUUUGCUGCUUGGAAUUCGGUAUUCUGCAAAAAAUCCCGACAAUUUGUUCCCAUACGGUUAUGGUAAUAUGCGAUAUGUGACUUCUUUAAUCUCCGGUUGCGGUAUUAUGGCAUUUGGAUGUGGAUUAUCAAUGUAUCACGGAAUAAGCGGACUUCUGCAUCCGGAACCGCUUGAACCGUUGACUUAUGCUUAUUACGCAUUAUUCAUGUCGCUUUGUUUCCAAGGAACUUCGGCAAUUACUGCUUAUCGAGAGGCAAUCUCAAAAGCGAAAAAAGCGAAAGUUGGCCUUUGGAAUUACAUCCGAACUUCGGCUGAUCCAUCGCUCAAUGUAGUUCUUCUUGAAGACACAGCUGCUGUUUGUGGAGUUGGAAUCGCUUUAACUGCCAUUUCGCUCUCUUCAUUUUUGAAUUCGCCGAUUCCAGAUUGUUGUGGCUCAAUUUUCAUCGGAGCUCUUUUAGGAACUGUUGCCUCAUUUAUCAUUCGAACGAAUGCUGCGCAUUUAGUUGGGCGAAGUUUGCCACAAAGGAUAACCGAUGAUAUAGUAGCUCGAUUGAACAAUGACCCAAUGAUCAGAUCUGUGCAUGACGUGAAGGCGACGUGUCUCGGUGUUGAACAGAGUCGAUUCAAAGCUGAACUUGAUUUCGACGGACGAAUGAUCACUCGAGCUUAUUUAGAGGAGAAUGUGCAUCUUCCCGCGUUGUUGAAGGAGGUCAAACACAUCGAAGACGAAGAACAGCUUGAAAUGUUCAUGGAAUUGCACGGAGAAAAGAUAAUUGACCGUUUGGGCGAUGAAAUCGACCGCAUCGAAUCGGAAAUAACCAAGAAACAUCCCGACAUCCGGCAUGUCGACCUCGAAGCUCUCUAG